AUGGAUCCAUUCUCUGCUCUUGGAUUGGCCGGCAAUAUCAUACAAUUCAUCGACUUUGGCAGCAAAAUUGUAUCUAGUAGCUUCGACAUCUACAAAUCCGUUGAUGGAUCUUCAUCCGUGAGUAGAGAAUUAAUAUCAUUAACAGAAAGUCUAGAAGAAUCAUGCGAUAGUCUCUUGGAGCACCAAAAUUCUAUGACUAGGCAUCGAUCAAUUAAGGCCGAAAAGGAUCUCCUGGACUUGUCACGCUCCUGUAAAGAGCUGGCGGAGGAGUUUCUUGGUCGUUUACAAAGCCUAAAGGUGAAUGGCGGUAACAGAAAAUGGCAAAGCCUCCGACAAGCCGUCAAAAGUGCCUGGAAGGAAAAAGAAUCUCAAGUCUUUGCUGAGAGAUUAGAGAAAUAUCGAUCUCAGAUACUUCUUCUGCUUGUCCAAAUCCUAAGUGGCCAAACCUCAAAGACUCAACGGGCGCAGUCAAAACUUCUAUCUCAGCAGUCACAAGCUGCGGGCGCAUUAGAUCAGCUCGUUGAAAGCCAUCGUCAGCUGAAUAUCACAACAGCAAAUGAAGCGAGCCGGAUGAGGAGAGACAUUCUCAAAGAUCUAAAACAAUUGAUCACUGAAGAUAAUAGGAGGAACCUGUGCCCAUUAGCCUCGAAACUGUCGAGUCUGAUGUCAGAGGGUGAUGUGAAGCUCAAAGAGCUCAAGAUCAUCGAAAGUUUGCAGUUUUCAGCGAUUCAUGAACGAGAAGAGCGUAUAGUAGGAGCGCAUCCAGCCACCUUCGAUUGGCUUUUAGAAGAAGAGUCCUCGGAGUCUCAAGAAAGCGCAAGAGUGUCCAUGCUAGAGUGGUUGAAAACACGUAAUGGUAUUUACUGGAUCACUGGGAAACCGGGUUCUGGGAAGUCGACGCUAAUGAAGUAUGUUUAUCAACACCCAAAAGCUCUUGCGGCACUCCGGCACUGGUCAGGCGACAAGCAGCUUCUUACUGCUCAUUUCUUCUUUUGGAAUGCCGGUACAGACAUUCAGAAGUCUCAGCAGGGUCUCUUACAAACUCUACUCUACCACGUACUGAGACAAAGCCCAGAGUUAGUCUCUACCGUAUGUAUGAAACAGUGGUCGGCAUUGGAGGAGGGUCGGCCAGCCAUUCCCUGGACACGCAUAGAGCUUUUGGCUGCUUUCGAAGGCUUGAGAAUGCAAACAAUUGAAUCUGCCAAAUUCUGCUUCUUCAUCGACGGUCUGGACGAAUUUGGUGGUCAGCAUACGGAUAUCAUCAAGAAUUUUGCGUCCUCGGAGGAUGUCAAAGUCUGCAUCUCGAGCCGACCAUGGAACGUCUUCGAGCGUGCCUAUGGGACUAAUUUCGGCAUGAGGAUCAAUCUUCAUGACUUGACAAGAGAAGAUAUUACACGAUUUGUCGCUGAGACCCUCACAGAGGAUGCGCUAUUCCGAGAACUGAAGGAGAGCGACAGCCGGUACGAGGAUCUAGUCUUGGAUAUUGUGGAUCGAGCAGAAGGCGUUUUUCUUUGGGUAUUUCUUGUCGUUCGGUCUCUGCAGCGAGGGUUAACGAACUCGGACACCAUUUUUGAGCUACAAAAACGCUUGCAAAUGCUUCCAACGGAUCUGGAAGUUUUCUUCAAAAAUAUGCUUGAUUCUGUGGAGAAGUUCUAUCAUGAGCAUGCGGCUCGCAUAUAUCUCAUGUGUCUAGCAGCAUCAGGCUCUUUGACAACAAUGAGUCUUUCUUAUUUCGAUGAAGAAAAUCCCUCCUUUGGAUGUGUCAGGAACAUCAAACCUUGGUCCCCACAUCAGGUCGACCGCAGAUGCAAAGCAAGUCGGACAAGGAUACUAGCACGCUGCACAGACCUUUUACAGAUUUCCAAUGAUAACCGGGUCGAUUUCCUACAUCGGACUGUGAAUGACUUUUUACAGACGCGAGACAUGACAGUGCUAUUGAUCGAACGGGCAGGCGCUGAUUUCAAUAGCCACUACCACCUGUGUAAUGCCAUGCUUGCCCAAAUCAAAACCAUACCUACUGGUGCUACAUAUGACGGUCAAAGUUCACAUGCCGAAGACCUAACGAGUCUAAUCGACCAUCUUAUGUACCAUGCCUACCAAUUAGAAGUCGAGACAAGGUCUCCAGGUCAAGAUUUGCUCCUUGAAAUGGAACAUACCGUUGCCACACUACGAAGCGCAAAUGCAGAUGGGAAUUGGCGGGCACUAGAUCUUAAAAAUGGAUUCCGAGAAGGGUGGAUAUUCUCCCGAGCGAUUCAAGAAGGGCUCUAUCGUUUCCUCAGCAAAGAACUCACAGGUGUCAAAAAGCUUAUUGAGAAUGGAGGUAUUGGCAGACUACCACUUGAUAUUGCCCUCCGGCCUAAGUCCAGCCAUCAUUCAAGAGGGAGCGACCCUCGCAUAAUCCGAUUACUUCUCGACCAGGGUGCUGACCCGAAUCAACAGUGGGAAGGCGUCAUAACCUGGGGGCUAUAUCUCUCGAACGCGGCGAGAGAGCUAUCUGCAGCAAGACGUCGCAAUAAUUUCGUUAUUGUUGAAAUGCUUCUCAUGCAUGGAGCAGAUCUCAGUCUUCGUGACGGGUUUUUUGAAUUCGUCAGAAGCUGUACGCCGGUGGAAGCUGAUCGUUUGAAUGACCUGAAGUUUCGAGCUAAUAUCCAAGAUCAACAACGUACGUCUGACAUAGAAGCUACCUGA